AUGCGUCGUUUGGUCCGCUUCGCUGUGCUUUCACCACUCGUGUUUCUCAGCCUUCUCCUGUUGUGGUGGACCUGGCCGCGAGGAACUGGCAAGGCCAUGCACGCCGGGACAGGGGAAGGGCCACUGGCUUUCCCGUUCGAUGAAGUGGUGGAGAAGAGAACGAAAUCAAGUGCCGGAAACAUGGCUGUGCCGAGCAAGCAUACCAGUGACAGCGGCUCUUUGGCACCCACCGCGGCCUUGCUCCCUAUCGGCGCGCAAGUGGGGGCAAAGCCAAGCAAAGUAGAUUGGAAUUUGGCUGAGCGCCAUGGUGGGCACGAGCAGGCAGCCGAAGAAUACCGGCAAAAGAGGCCUGAUGGCCACGCGGUGGAUCAGCUUGAUGUAAUUGCUCAGCCAUCGGCCGCUCUCACUCAUCGGGGCCGCGCUGAGACUGAGGAUGCCAGGAGCAAGACUGCCGCCAAGCUUGCUUGGCCGGAUGCUGAUGUAGAUCUGGGUGAUAUCCCCAAAAGGGCCUUGAACGACGAUCCAGUCUUGGAUGAUGACGAUGGCGACGCUGAGGCAUUGGCGUAUGCCACCGACGAUGAUGAUGCUGGGCUCAAGAGUGAUCCAGCAGAAGCGGCAGCCAGGUUGCGCGAUGUUGCUGAGUUGCAAGGUCGUCUCGACAACGCGCAAAGGGGGGUGGGAGCACCGCUAGACCGCCACAACCAGUUAGACAAUCCUGGGCGUGUGGGCCUAGCUCAAUCCAAUUUGACUCAGCCUCGGAACUCAGAUGGUGGCGAUGCACUUUUGAUGGCAGCGGAUCCUGUCAAUACGAUGCAUUCGUCCAUGAAGCUAUGCAGACCCGGUCGAGAUGCGAUGUGCCAUUGUCGGCGAGACUGCCAUGAGUGCUUCUACGAUGAUGCUCUCGAGCAACUGGGCGCGUGCACGAUAUGCCGCAAUGCCAGGUUUUUAUGGAAGGGAUCUUGUGUGGCCUCUUGUCCUACCGGAACCAAGGGCGCGGGGCACGGCAACUAUGAGAAGCACUGCGUCAUCUUAGAGUCUGGUGCGGGCAAGGCCAAGGCCGAGCAAGGCGUGGUCGGCAUCCGCACGACCAAAGCGAAGUCAGCUGUGCGAAGCGUUGCAGCAGAUGCGCGCUGCACCGACUGUGUGGUGGGUGCUUGCGACGCAGCGGACGGCUGUCUGGUCUGCGCCAAUUUCAAGUAUCGUUUCAAGGGUCGAUGCGUGGCGACCUGCCCCAAAGACAUGCUGGGCAGCGGAUCCGACCGUUUGGGUCGACGCUGUGUGAAUCGCUUUCAGGCGGAGGCGGACUCCCUGUCUCAGGAGGAAGCUGGGCAUUCCAUAGCCAAGGCAGCAAGCGCAGGUCCCGUAUCCAUAUCCUGGAAUCUGGACAUUGCUCCUGCACAAGGUACAUUCAGCAGCGGGGCGCCCGGCGCAGUCAAGCAGUUCUCGUAUCGCUUCACGCAGCCGGGCGUGUUUCCGUAUUUUUGUCGCUCCCAUUCAGGUCGAAUGCAGGGCAAAGUGACAGUGUUGGCUGCCCGGGCCAAGGCACCAGCCGCCGAUGCCACUUACGUGCAACUCUUCAAGGGAAAACGCGCGGGGGUGGCGAAUCCACAACGCUUUGAUACAGCCAUGCAAGCCGACUUCAUUGUGUUUGAGCAGGCCAACCUAUCUCUCGAGGCUUGCCAGACCGUCUGUACACGCCAAAGUGCUUGCCGCGGGGUGUACUAUUUCGUUGCGUCGCGCCGUUGCCGGGGCCUAGCCAGCUUCGGUGUGGCGGGUAUAGCCACCAACAUCAAUGCUGAUAGCUACGCCAAGAUUGCUCAAUCGCUGCGGGCAAUCGAGCCCUUUCUGGCUCCCUCUCUCUGUCUCUCUGUCUCUCUGUCUCUCUGUCUCUGUCUCUCUACUUUUCUGGUCAAGACCGGCGCGAUGAAUGAUGAGACGGUUGUGCAAGUGUUCAGCGGUCAGGUGCUGACCCAGGCUCAGCAGAGCCUGAUCAACGAGCUCAUUACGGAGAUCGGCCGGGCCGAUGCCCUGCAAGUGCGACACGCAGCCAUCGCCGGCCUGGCCGCUCAAUCCUACAUCCAGUCGCAGGCUCUUGGUGAUCCUACGCACGAUGAUUUUGUGUUGUACCGCAACCUCUUGCACUCCUUUGAAGCCAAUUUUGACAAACUCCCAGCCGAUUAUCAAUGGCGCUCACAAAUGCCGGCGACUCCCAUCACUCCAACAACAUCCAAGACUUCGGCGCAGCUGUCCCAGUGUCCCGUGCUCGGUCGGCACGCGGUCCACCGCUUUAUCCAAUUGCUUGAGAAAAACUUCGCCAUGCCACGGGACGCGCUCUACUGCUUGACGACCUAUGUUAGCUUGCCUGCACCCGUGGAAGAGCUCGAACAGCUUUUGGCAGCUGUCGAAGCUUUUGCACAGCCCCGUUGCUACGAUCUUGUUCUUGAGGCCGUUCCGGCAGGUCGAGCCAAGCUGCAGGCGCUGCGCGCCCCGUCUGUCGUAGAACAACUUCGCCACUUGGGUCUGGUGAUGGGCACUUUGCCACAAGCCGACGGUCAAACGGCGCUCCCAGAGGUCAAGUCGCUGGCCAGCGAGUCCUCACCCGCGGUGUCGGCCGUGUCACCCGCGUCACAGCCAAACGCAGUGAACGAAGCACCAGCUAAUCCAACCACAGCACGCGCAGAGCAGUCAUCGGCGCAGCCAACAGCAACCAAGACCUUGGCGCCCACAGCAUCAUCAGAGAUCUCCCAGCCGGCCCGUGAGGUGGACUUUAUGGCUCCUGUCACCACAAAGCGACCGAGUGAAGUGCUGGAAUCGAUCGUCUAG